UUACACAUAAACCAUUCAAUCCAAACCUCAAACCCUCAAACAAAGUUGUUACCAGUAAUAAACUAAGCUCAUCACUUCAAAUCAACACAUUAUUUCAAACAUCAAACAUUUCUUCACUUCCAAAUCCAAAUCCAAAUCCAUCAUGAAUCCCCUCGACGACUACCGAAUCAAAGACACAAAGCCGCGGCUCGGCGAGCGCUGGCCCCACGGCGGCAGCGGCAACCGGAGCUGGAUCUGCGGCGACAAGAUCAGCACCACCUACGACCUGGUCGAGCAGAUGUUCUACCUCUACGUCCGCGUCGUCAAAGCCCGCGACCUCCCCACCAACCCCGACCCCUACGUCGAGGUCAAGCUCGGCAACUACAGGGGCAAAACGCAGCGUUUCGACAACAAAACCUCGCCCGAAUGGAACCAGGUCUUCGCCUUCUCCAAACACAAAAUCCACUCCUCCACCCUCGAAGUCUCGGUCCGCGACAAGGAGACGCUCGGCAGAGACGACUUCCUCGGCCGAGUUCAAUUCGAUCUCAAUGAGAUCCCCACGAGGCUCCCUCCCGACAGCCCCCUCGCCCCGCAGUGGUACCGCCUCGAGGACCGCCACCGCCUCCUCCGAGGGGAACUCAUGCUCGCGGUCUGGAUCGGAUCGCAAGCGGACGAGGCCUUCCCCGAGGCGUGGCAUUCGGACGCCGCCGCCGUGCAUGGCGACGGAGUUUUCAGCGUCCGGUCCAAGGUGUACGUUUCGCCUAAGCUGUGGUACCUCCGGGUCCACGUCAUCGAGGCGCAGGACGUGGAGGGGGAGGACCGGAGCCAGCCUCCGCCGGCUGUGUUUGUGAAGGGUGUGGUUGGGAAUCAGGUUGGGAAGACUAAGAUUUUCCCGAACCGGACCGCGAACCCGGUUUGGAACGAGGAUUUGUUGUUCGUUGUCGCGGAGCCUUUCGAGGAUGUUUUGAUUGUGACGGUAGAGAGUAAGGUGGCCCCCACGCGGGACGAGGUGGUCGGGAGGAUGAGCGUCUCGAUGAACGCGCUGGAGCGGCGGAUGGACCACCGGCCGGUCCACUCGCGCUGGUUUAAUUUGGACCGGUUCGGGAUGGGGGAUUACAUGGAGGGGAAGGGGCCGAAAUUCUCGACGAGGAUCCAUUUGAGGGCAUGUCUGGAGGGCGGGUACCACGUGUUGGACGAGUCCACGUUGUACAUUAGCGACCAACGGCCUACCACCCGACAGCUGUGGAAGCAGCCGAUCGGGAUUCUCGAGGUCGGGAUACUUAGCGCGAACGGGCUUCUCCCCAUGAAAGUGCGGGACGGGAGGGGUACCACGGACGCAUACUGUGUGGCCAAAUACGGCCACAAGUGGGUCCGUACGCGGACGGUAGUAGAGAGCUUUAGUCCAAAAUGGAACGAGCAGUACACGUGGGAGGUGUACGACCCGUGCACGGUGGUCACGCUAGGCGUGUUGGAUAAUUGCCACUUAGCGGGCGGGAACGGAAGGGACUCGAGAAUCGGGAAGGUCCGGAUCCGGCUAUCGACACUAGAGACGGAUAAAAUCUACACACAUUCAUAUCCAUUGCUAGUCCUACAACCCUCAGGAUUGAAGAAAAUGGGAGAGUUGCAUCUUGCAUUUAGGUUUACUUGCAUUUCAUUAACACAAAUCAUAUACUUAUAUAGUAGGCCACUAUUGCCAAAAAUGCAUUACAUUCAACCAUUCACAAUAAGUCAAUUAGAUAAAUUGAGAAAUGAAGCAAUGAAGAUUGUUGCAUCAAGAUUAGGGAGAGCAGAGCCUCCCCUGAGAAAAGAAGUGGUAGAAUACAUGCUAGAUGUAGACUCUCACAUGUGGAGCAUGCGGCGUAGCAAGGCCAAUUUCUUCCGAAUCGCCUCCUUCUUCUCGGGCCUAAUCGCCACGAGCAGGUGGAUAACACAAGUUUGUCAAUGGAAGAAUCCGAUCACCACCGUUCUAGUCCACGUCCUCCUAUGCAUCCUCGUGUGCUACCCGGAGCUAAUCCUCCCCACCGGCUUCCUCUACAUGUUUUUCAUCGCGGUGUGGAACUUUAGGCUCCGGGCUAGCCACCCUCCGCACAUGGACACAAAAAUGUCUUGGGCGGAGGGAGUGCAUCCGGACGAGCUUGAUGAGGAAUUUGACACGUUCCCAACAUCUAGACCACAGGACGUGGUCCGGAUGAGGUAUGAUCGAGUUAGGAGCGUGGCCGGGAGGAUACAGACCGUGGCGGGGGAUAUGGCGACACAAGGAGAGAGGUUUCUUGCAUUGCUAAGCUGGAGGGAUCCAAGAGCAACCACCAUUUUCCUACUAGUUUGCCUUUGUGCAGCUGUUGUUCUCUUUGUUACUCCUUUCAAGAUUGUUACUCUUUUGGUAGGCUUGUUUUUGCUUAGGCAUCCAAGAUUUAGGAGCAAGAUGCCUUCAGCUCCGAGCAGCUUCUUCCGUCGAUUACCCGCUCGAACCGAUAGCAUGUUGUAGUAACUCUUAUUUCUGAGUUUUUUCCAGUCUCGUAUUUUGUUUCA